AUGAAUUCUGGAUCACCAACGAUCAAUCUUCCUAAUAAUGGCCAGAGCGCAAAUGGCGGAGGCUCAAUUCAGACCCCUCGUGUUGUCCCUUUGACAUGUCAUGGUCACUCUCGGCCAGUGACACAUCUCUCAUUCUCUGAUAUGUUACCAGACGAUGAAUACUACCUGAUAUCUGCUUGUAAAGAUGGCAAUCCAAUGAUUCGGGAUGGUAUCACAGGUGAUUGGAUCGGAACUUUUCUCGGCCACAAGGGUGCAGUAUGGCAGGCACGGCUGUCAAACGAUGCAAAUCUUGCAGCUACUGCUUCGGCAGAUUUCUCGGCAAAGGUUUGGGAUACAUUCACAGGAGAGUGCCUCCAAACCCUGGUGCAUAACCAUAUCGUCCGCACGGUCACUUUCGCUCCAAACCCUACUCAUAUAGCAACUGGUGGCCCGGAAAAAAAACUCCGAGUUUAUGACUUGGCCCACUCAGACACCCCCAUGGAAAUUGGUACAAACGUACAUACUGGAACCAUUAAAUCGCUCGUUUGGUCCGACAAAAAUACAAUCGUCUCGGGAUCAGAUGACAAAAAACUGCGUUGGUGGGAUAUUCGAUCUCGAGAGCUGGUAUCACAAUUUGAUAUGGGCGAAGUUGUCACUUCUUGUGAGCUAAGCCCGGAGAGGACUCUGAUCAGCGCAACGGCAGGGAAGUCGGCGUAUUUUUUCGACACACAGAGUAUGUCACUCAUUAAAACGGGGACAAGCCAGGACACUUGGGUCAGAGUGUACGAUUACGAUACUCAGGCAGAAUUGGAGGUUUAUAAAGGACAUCAUGGAAGUGUUUGGAGCGUUGGCUUUUCCCCAGACGGAAAGUUAUAUGCUACAGGUUCCGAGGAUGGAACUAUCAAACUGUGGAAAUACACAAACCAGCCUUAUGGGCUAUGGAAAUGA